AUGGCCCAGCAAGAGGGCCGGGACUUGGCAGGCCCCACCUAUGGGGAGAGGUAAGGGCUGCUGAGGCUGGGACUGGAGAAUGGAGCAGGCGAGACCUGCUUAGGGGUCCUCAGGGCCCCAGAGCCACUUCUUCGACUGCAGAGGACAUGGGGGGUGUGGCAGAUCCCAGAGCUGGACACCCAGGGUGCAGAAGCCCUUCUGGAGCUGUGGCCACCGGGGAGCUUCCUGGUCACAGGACAUGACCCCAGCCAGGUCCUGGUGUUGAAGACAGGACCUUCCCCAGGGGAAGUCAACACCUACCAGAUCCAGAAUCUUCCCGGAGGUGUGUGUCUGGAAUCCUCUAACCUCUGCAUGCCAGACCUGCCCCAUCUCCUGGCCUUCCUAUCAGCCAGCAGGGAUAUUUUACCCAGAACUCUGCUCUUGCCCCCUCCUGCUCUAGGGCCUGGGGAACAACACACAGAUCUUCUGCAGAUUGGCAGUGUCCAACUCAAUACCUCAGGGAGGGUGCUCUCCGUGGUGAACAAGGUCUACCUGGACAUCCACAGAGGGCAGGGAAUGGAGCAGGCUACCCCAGAGACACCUCCAGAGACUGCCAAGAAAAGUGAUCCAGCCCCUAGGAACCCUGCCCCUCAUCAGGUCUCUUGGGUGGAAGGCCCAUUCAGCUCAGAAGUACACCAUCCUGGACCAGCUCUGGCCAGCCUGGAGGAGGAGGAGGAAGAGGAGAAGACUGUCAGCUACAAAGAUGAAGGGGAAGGACCUGAGGAUGUGCUUACUAAUCAUGUCCGGGCUCUGGCCAGGUCCAGAAGCAGCUAUGUGGCAAGGCAGUUCCAAGGCCUUAAAGCACGCCUCACCGCAGAUGCUGGGGGCCCCCACAGGCCUGGGGACCCCGCCACUGAGCUGCUUCAGGAUGUGCGGCACCUCCUCACUGACCUCCAGGACCACUUAGCAAAGGACCCCUGUGUCAGGGCUGUCUUCGGAAGCAGGGGGCCUGGGGUCCCCCAGAAGGACGAGGAUCUUGGCCCCGCGGUGGAGGUGGCCUUGUGCCAGGCGGUACUGGCGCCUCUGAAGCCUGCCCUGUGGACACGACUCCGCACGCUCCGAGCCCCAGAGCUGCGGCGCUUACGGCGGCGACAAAUGGCUUUGAGGGCGAGUGCUGGGCCUCCGGGAGCUCAGGGGGCGGGGCCUGAAGGACAGGGCCCCGCCCUGCGGAGCCGCAUCCACUCGCGCCUGGCGCACCUCCACGCCACCUGCUCCCCACGCCGCAAGGUGGCGUUGCUCCUGGCGGUGUGCAGUGAUGUCUACGCGGGGUUGGCUUCGGGCAAGAACCAAGAGCCCCUGGGCGCCGACGCUUUCCUCCCAGCGCUAACAGAGGAGCUUAUCUGGAGUCCGGACAUUGGGGAGACACAGCUGGACGUGGAGUUUCUUAUGGAGCUCUUGGAUCCAGAAGAGCUACUGGGAGAAGCUGGGUACUACCUGACCACGUGGUUUGGGGCGCUGCACCACAUUGCCAACUACCAGCCCGACGCAGGACGUGCGCCAAAGGGGCUCAGCUCUGAGGCCCAUGCCUCCCUGCGCCAGUGGCGCCGCAGGCGGACGCUGCAUGGACAAGGCCUCGCCGGAUCCCAGGUGACCAGCCAGUUGGACCGUGGGAGGGGCGGGCUGGCCCUGCUGCCUUUCUGAUGCAGGCUCCUGCCCGUCCCCGCAGGCCAACCUGCCUUUUGAGGAAACCUGGGGAACAGAGACUGUGCCAAGAGAUCAAUGAUGAAUAGGGAUCUCAAACCUUUCUGUUCUUCAAGCAAGAUGCAGAGGCACCUAUUACUUAGGGGCAGCAAGGAGCAGGAGGUCCCAGUGAAAGGGAGUGGCCCAUAUCUGGCCUUUGCAUGGGCCGUUCUUGCUUUUUGGAAUGCCCUUCCCUAAUAUCCACACUGCUCCUUCCCUCCUUUCCUUCAGAUCUUUAGGCAGAUUUUACAGUCUCAGUGAGCCUCUCUCAGACACAACUGUGUAAAACUGUAACUCCUCUCCUUUGACCCUCCCUGUGCAAAGCAGAAUAAUGCAUCCCACCCCCAAUGUCCACUUCUUAAUCCCCAGAUCCUGUGACUAUGUUACCUUAUGUGGUAAAAGCGACUUUACAGAUGUGAUUAAGGAUUUUUUUUUUUAUAAUGAGGAUUUUUUUUAAAGAUUGUAUUUAUUUAUUUUUAGAGAUGGGAAGAGAGGGAGAAAGAGAGAGAGAGAAACAUCAAUGUGUGGUUGCAUCUCAUGCGUCCCCUCCUGGGGACCUGGCCUGCAACCCACACAUGUGCCCUACACUGGGAAUCAAACUGGUGACCCACUGGUCUGCAGGCUGACACUCAAUCCACUGAGCUACCAGCUAGGGAUAAAUUAAGGACCUUAAGAUGGGGAGGUUAUCCUGGAUUCCUGUGGACCCAAGGUAAUUACAGGACCCUUACAAGAGGGAGGCAGGAGGGUCCGAGUCAAAGGAAGAGAUAUGAUGAUGCAAGCAGAGGCUGGCGUGAGGUCCGGGAGCCAAAGAAUGCAGGCACCCUCUAGAAGCUGAAAAAGACAAAGAGUGGAUUUUCCCCUGGAAUCUCCAGCAGAAACUCAGCCUUUGAUUUUAGAUCCCUAGGAUAUAUUUUGGACUUUUGACCUUUAGAACUGCAAGGUAAUAAAUUGGUGGGGGUUAUUUUUUAAGCCUCUAAGUUUGUGGUAAUUUGUUACAGCAGUGCCAGGAAACUAAUACACUACCUUAUUCUUGUCUUUAUUUUUUUCCAUAGAAGUUAUCACUUCCUAACACACCACAUAAUAUGCAUAUUUAUUGUGUUAAUUGUCCACAGUCUCCCCCCACACUUAGAACAGUACCAUCCAAUACGAAUACAAUGCAAGCUACACAUGUAAUUCUAAAUAUUCUAUUAGCUACGUUUUUUUAAAAAACUAAAAAGGAACACGUGAAAUUAACUUUAAUAACAUUUGAUGUAACCCAAUAUAUCCCAAAUAUUAUUACUUCAACAUGUAAUCAA